AUGGGUGAACAAGGUAUUGGGCCACAAAUACCAAUGGUUGGAGUCUCUGUUGAUGUUACUGGUAAGUUUUUUUACUGUUUGUUUGUUUCUAGGUAUUAUUUGAGGAGGAAGGUGAAGGGAAAUAAUGUUAGUGAUUUUACAAGUGUGGUCUUCUAAUUAUGUUGUGAAUAAUAAGUUUUGUUAUUUAGUUUUGAAUGCUUAAUUCAUUAAUGAUGGUUUUUUAGAAUCAGACGAAAACCAAGAAGAUGUGAUGGCCGAAUACCAACGUCGAUUGGCUGAAUUGGAAGCCGCAGAAGCAGAAAAAGCUGCAGAUGAUGAAGAGGAAGAUGUUACUGAUGAGUCAGAUGAGGAAAUGGAUUCUGAUUUAGAAGAAGCGAUGGACACAGAAGAACCAGAUGGUUUAUCAGAGAUACCGAUAGAAAAGUUGAUAGAAGCUUUAUACAGAGAAAGAGAUGACGAUAAAGCUGAUCCAUCAGAAGUGAUAGUAAUGUUUGAAGAGGUAUUAAAGCGAGAUCCAUCAUUGGCUCAUACCUGGUUGGAUUAUGGGGAUUACAUGGAGAAAAUUAAGGAGUGUGGGGUAAGUUAUCUUUUUUUGUUUGAUUUUAGGUAAUUGAAAGAGAUGUGACUUUUUUUGAAUAGGUGUUGAGUUUGGCAAGGUAGAUAUUAGUAUGAAUGGGGAAAUUUUAUAUUAUUUUUUCUUUUAAUAAGGAGGAUAAAUCUAGUUAAUUUGUUUUGCUUUCAGAAAGCAGUGGAGAUCUUAAAACGAGCAAUGAAAGCAGUACCAGAUUAUAUUCAUAUUGUUCGGAGCGCCUUGUUAUCAUACGAGAAAGCUGGAGUAGACGUGAAGGAAAUCAAAGCGUUAUUUAAUAAAAACAAGGACAAUAUAUAUAGCCAAGAAGAUGGACAUUUGUUUUACACAACGUAUAUUUACAUUUUACGAAGAAAAGGAGCUUCAGUCGAUGAACUAGAUCAGGUGUUUCAACAAGGAAUGACAGAACUAGAAGGUUUAUUUGGGGAUUACUGGGAUUCUGAUACUACGUUUAGAAGGAACUACGCUUAUUUCUGUUAUACAAAGAAGAAGGAUUCUGAAAAGGUGGGUAAAAAUUGUUUAUAUUGAUAACAUAAGAUUGUAUGUUAUAAAAUUGAUACUUUAGGUUUGUUUUUUAUCUUAAAAUGUGAUUCUAAUGAUUCUUUUUUAGGCAUACGAGCUCUGGAAGUCAAUAAUGCGUGGAAACGGAUCAAAAGCCGAGUUCUGGCUACAGUUUGUUCAGGUAGAACGAGCAUAUGGAUCAAUUCAAAACGUUCGUAAAUUACUGUACGAUGCUGUCAACUCAGUAACAGACAAUCCUGUGGCAAUAUUCACUUACUUUGUCCAAUUUGAACGAGAAGAAGGCACAAGAGAUCAAGUGGACAAAGCUUUGUUCAAAAUCAACACUAGAAAUCGACAAUUGGAGACCAAGCUUAAAGGCAAGAAACCGCAACAAAGUCGAGAGAAUGCGAGGAAAGAACCGAGACAACAGAAAGAAAGGCCUCAGAAGGCGGGAAAACGACAGAUUUUACAAGAAGUUGAGGUAGAACCGAAAAGAAGGAAGGAAUCACUGAAGGAAGAGAAAGUUCAAGUUGACAAAGAUGGGUUUGCUGUACCUGUUUUGCCGGUUAAGGCUAAGAGUAGUCCGAUAAGAGAGGAAAAAGGUAAUGAGAACGGAGAAUCAAGCAGGAAUGGACAGAAACAACAAGCUGAAGAGGGUGGCGAAAGCAGCCAAGGAUCAGAAGGUAAGGAUAACAGCAAUGUUUGGAUCAAGAGUAUGGUUUUAGAUGAAAAUGGUUAGAUUUUUGGGUUUUUUCAUGUUGUUAUUGAUUAAAAUAUUUAAAUUUUCAAGUUUUAUGUUUUACAGUAUAUCCAAUUCUAUAAUUUUUAGGCACCCCAGACCGCACGAUCUUCUUAUCAAACAUCAACUUUAGCUGGAAAGAGUUUGAUGUUCGAAAACUGUUUCCCAAUGCCGUCGAGAUACGAAUGCCAAUGCGAAGUCAAACACAAUGCAAAGGCUACGCCUACGUUGACUUUGCUACGAAAGAAGACACGGAAAAGGCAUUGGCACAAGAUGGAGAACACAAAUCUAAUGGCAGACCUAUUCAUAUCAGUGCCUAUCAACCUCAUGGUAAAGGAGAGAAAGCACCAUUCAAGUUUGGUACUCAAAGAGAAGAGAACAAGCUGUUUGUCAGGAAUGUUCACUACGAACUUACCAAUGAUCAACUCAAAGACUUCUUCGACAAGUUUGCUCCCGUUAAAAGUGCUAGAAUUGUGACGCGACCCAACGGACAACCAAAAGGUAUCGCUUAUGUGGAGUUUGAGGCGAAAGAAGAUGCAGAGAAGGCACUGAAGGCUGAUGGACAGAAGCUGCACAGUAGGAAGAUUGCUGUAGCCAUCAGCGAUCCAUCCGUGAAGAAGGAAGCUCCGAAUAAAGAGGUAACGAUACCUAAAACUCCAGUGGAUCCACACAAGCAGAUGUUGGCGUUUAAACCAAGAGCAGCAAGGCUGGUUGUGGAAAAGAAGUAG